AUGCCAUACAGUCAAAAACCCCUGUCCAAACUCGUCCUGAAGCCUUCAAAGUUCCACAAAAAUGUCCGAAAUUUCGCCACGUUGCAAAAAACUUUUCAAAAAAUUGCAAAAAUUUGAAUGGAAAUUCGAAAAAAUCAAAUUUUCCCACGAAUUUGCAUAAAAAUUCGAAAUUUGCAUAUUAGACUCUCACCAAAAUUUCGUUGGCAUUUCUCUCAUUUACCGGUUAUUUCCCCAGAGAGACCACCCUCGCCCUUCCAUCAAAGUGGAAGAAUCGUGGUCGAAACCGGAGCACCCCGGCCCCCCACUUGAUCCGGGGGGCCUUCUGGACAAUCAACGGGUGCUCGGCUAGACCACAAAAUGUAAGAUUUUGCUUCUUUGAAGUUUUUGAUCUUGAACUAGACUAAAGUAAUAUAUUAUAAUUUCAUUAUAUUUUCAGGAGAAGACCGGUCCAAAGGGAAGAGAGGCGCCCUGGCCCCCUGAAUGA